AUGACGUCACGCCCCCAGAGUAGACGUGGCAUAAAGACGGUUUUAAAGUCGCAGCCUGGAGCAGAUCUGUGAUCAUUACUCUGUAUUAUUCUGCACACUAAACAGCUUCGUGGUAAAUAAAUAAAUCUAAAGCGUUUAAACGUAAAGUUAUUUUAUUUGUUUAUUUUUACAAGCGCGCAAUAAACGGAACCAUGGCUUCGGCUCCGAAUAAUAACGGUUCUGCUGGGAAAUGGGAGGUCGUGAAAAGAGGCAAGAAACAGAACAGUCAAGCCGAGAAGAAGUCCAGAAAGGCUCUGAUCGAGCCGAACUCCUCAAAAAUGGAGCUGUUUCCACCUGUAAAGAUGUCCAAGACGAUAUUCGAGGGUUUAGAGAAGAUUGGAAAGAAGCAGAACAAGGAGCAGGUUCCUCCUCCGGCUGAGACCCAACAGAAAAAGCUCAAUGCAGCGAAGCAGCCCAAGAAGUCCCAGUCCACCAGCAGCCCGAAAACAACUCACUACAAAACAUUGGAGGAAGCAGUCAAAGCUAUGGAUGUGGCAGAGUUGAAACAACAGCUGGACAAAAGUCAAGCCAUGUUCCCUGAGAAUCCAUGCGUCUGGUUGAAGGAUCUGGCUGGGUAUCUGAACAGCAAACUUCUCGCCCCUGACACCGAUCCCACGCUCAGCAGCUACGCUCACGAUUACCCAUACUGCCUCGCUGGAAAGGAGCUCCGCAGCGUAAUCAAGAAUCUGUUGGGGAAAAACGGUGACGCGCUACAAGAGUUGUUCGAUCACUGUGUACUCACUAUGCUCCGGGAGAUGGACAGACAGACAGCUGAACCGCUGCAUGGGUAUAGGAUGUGCAUCCAGGCCAUCAUGACGAGUAAACCCAAAAUAGCUACGCUUAGCCUGCCUCAACACCUGGAGCUGCUGCGCUCCCACCAGAACCGUCCUCUGAAGUGUCUGAGCAUCAUGUGGGCUCUGGGACAAGCCGGCUUCUCCGAUCUCGCCCAAGGCAUAAGAGUGUGGCUGGGAAUCAUGCUCCCUGUUCUAGGAGUAAAAACUCUGUCUGCCUAUGCCAUUGCGUACCUAGAGAGACUGCUCACGCUCCAUGCCAAUCUGUCUAAAGGCUUUGGCGUAAUGGGCCCGAAAGAAUUUUUCCCUCUGCUGGAUUUUGCUUACAUGCCCAAAAAUGCCCUGUCAGCAAGUCUGCAGGAGCAGCUGAGAAGGAUCUACCCACGUCUGAAGGUUCUAGCCUUCGGCGCGAAACCGGAAUCUACACUGCACACGUACUUUCCUUCCUUUCUCUCCCGGGCCACACAGAGUUGUCCAGACUCUAUGAAGAAAGAGUUGCUGAGCAGCAUGACUGAGUGCCUUUGUGUAGACACACAGAGUUUGGGUGUGUGGAGGCAACUUUACACUAAACACCUCACCCAGUCCAGCCUCUUGCUGAAUCACCUUUUCAGUAUAUGGAGCACACUACCACCCAAGUUGCGAAGCAGCCUUCAGGAAACGAUACAGUCUUUCAAAGUGACCAAUGAAGAGAUCAGGGCCACGGCGAACUUGGACGAUGUACAAGAAUGCAGCGCUGUCUGCAGUUCUCUGCAGAUGAAAAUUCACUCUCGGGGGUUCCCGUGGUCGCGGGUGCUGUUGGCGCUGUUGGUGUUUGUCGCCGGUUUUAUAGCCCAUGACGUAAGAUCUCACGGCGCAUUCGCCGACUCCACCACGGCGCUGUACCUGCAAAAGAGCGGCGUCACUGCGGCGUCGCAGCAGGCCUGGAGUAAAGUGUCCCAUUACAGCCGGCGGAGCAUCAACUACUUGGCUAAGAAUACGCCGCAUUAUUACUCCCUGGCUGUGGAGACCGUGGGGCCGUUUUUGGAAGCCGCUCUGGAGAAGACCAAGGUGGCUGCGGUCUUUGUCACACAGAAGAGUUCCGAGUCGAUGCUGUGGCUACAGGAGAGCGCCCCCGUACUGGUAGAACGGAUCAGCGCCAUCACCCCAGAGAGCGUUUUCAAGUUUUUUGAGUUUGUAAAGGAGCUGCUGCUGUUCGUGCAUCAGAACUACAUCCUGCCCGGCCUGCAGUACAUCGUUACACUGCUCCAACAGCUUUGGCAGCUGCUGCAAGACUCCUGCAAUGGUGAAGUGUCGCUCCUCUGCAUGCAGAACCACGUUGUGGCUCUUACCAACAGCACAUGGAUUUACUUGCAAGACACAACAACAGCCAUCAGGAGCUGGGCUCAGGAGCUGCUGUUCAAGGCAUGAUACACGCCCAGAAAACAGGGCGGAGACUCUUUAUUUACAUCGACCCUUUCACAACUGGCUGUAAAGACUGUACGAUACUUUUCCACCUAAUGUCUCUCCGAUUUUGCAGAACUUAACAAGAGAUGAAACACUCGCUCCCUUCUUCAUUUCACUCUUCCCAACUACAUCAUUUAGGAACGCCGUACACUCGUUUCUCAAUUUCAGGACUUUUUAAAAUGUUUUUUUUUUCUCUCUCUUGUUGUUUAACUCCGAAGAUCACAGAUACAAUAUUUAUUUUGUGUGUGUACUUGUUAAAUAAAAGACGGUGAAAGACA